AUGACUUGGUGUGGGCUGAGAGAAGGCCCGAAGGGGCACUACACGAGCCUGGCCGAACAGGGGUCGGUGGCGGUAUUCGGGAUUACCAAACUGGGACUUCCACCGGUGCAAGUCCCUGUUUGCGACUACUACUGGGGGGCUCGGUGGUGGGGGCGGCGCUGCGGGGCGGGCGCUGUCGGCAGGAGGGUGCUGCGGGAGCGGCGAGGCGCGGGGCGGGCGCUGCCGCAGAAGAUGUCGGCGGCGGCGGCAGCGGCGGGGCGGUGGUGGUGGCCGUGGUGGUGCUGGCUGCUGGCACUGCUGUGGGGAAGCGCGCGGGGGUACGUGGUGGUCAGCUCAGUGUCCUGGCCGCUGCCCGAGGCGGGGACGGCGGCGGACGAGCUGCACAGCUCCUCUACCGAGGAAGCGGGAGGCCUCUGGAAGCAGAGCUACCCGGCCUCGGCGUACCGGGAGGAUGCGGCUCUGGGCUCCGGGCCGGCGGAGCGGCAGCCGGGGCAGGGGCAGGGGGUCGCCCCUUCCAGGAUGUUCUCGUACCGCCGUGAGGGCGGCGGGGCGGCGGGCCGCGCCGGGACCGCCCGUUUCCUCGCCCGCCACAACACCUGGGGCUUCGUGGCGACGCGGGCCGCGCAAGGAAAGAUCCAGGAUAUGCCCUACGGGAACUGUUUACUGCUCAGUGACGGUCCCGUCAACAACAGCACUGGAAUCCCGUUCUUUUAUGUGACGCCAAAGGAUAACACAGUGGCAGAUCUCCUGAAGAAUCCCGUGGCUUCUCUCACUCUGCCAGAGGCAGAUGGAAACUUCUGCAGAAAAAACGUAAUCGAUCCGGAGGAUCCUAGGUGCGCCAGGCUGACUCUCACAGGACAGAUGGUCACGGUGCCUCCGGAGGAAGUGGAAUUUGCCAAGCAAGCAAUGUUUUCCAGGCACCCAGUGGUAAGAAAGUGGCCUCGUAGCUAUGAGUGGUUCUUCAUGAAAAUGAACAUUGAGCACAUCUGGCUUCAAAGCUGGUAUGGGGAAGUUUCUACCAUUGCAGUAGAAGAGUAUUUAAAAGCAGUUCCAAGUAAAGGAUGAUUGAAUGGGCUUCAAGAUAGAGGUCUUCUGAGUUUCCUUUCCAAACACUUACAAAAUUCCAUGCUGGAUGGUUACUUUACAGUGAUUUCUCCCCCUCCCCCCAAAAGGCUUCAAAAUAGCCCUGUCUCACAUAGAGCAGAGUGAAAAUAAACCAACGCAGACUUUCAAAUUAUAAAGGAGAGGUGGAUACUAGCCCUACCCUGCAAUGUACAAACUUGUCAUUUCAAACAGGCAAUGCAUCAUCUUAAAUGCUGCUUAAAAAUGCUUUGUGUCUGUUUGUUUUGACUUCUAUUGCUGAGCACCCACAGGGAAAGUACCGUAUGUGCUAAAUAUAAUGUUCUGAUUUACAGAAAAAGCAAAUUGCCUACUCAGAGCCCUCUGUGAAUUGUGAAGGUAUUACUACUGCUUGGUCUCCCUUGAUUUGUAAGUACUCUUAGAGAAGCUUA